AUGUUUCAAUAUCAAAGGACCUAUCUGGAAAAUGUUUUGAUCCCUCAAUUUGAUCAACAUGGCCCUACGCACGAUUGCAACUUGCUAGGCACUCGCUUUAUUUUCACUGCGGAGCCUGUCAAUAUCAAGGCACUAUUUCUGGGCAACUUCGAUGAUUUUGAGAUUGGGCAAGUACGAAGAGACGCUUUUAAGCCUCUUUUCGGGCCUUCGUCAGUUUUUAUAACCGAUGGGAAGGAAUGGCGUCUUGCCCGUAAAGAUCUGAGGCCCUUUCUAAACCUCCACCUGGACGAAAAGUUGCCACUGGUCGAAGAAGGCGUCCAGAAGCUCUUUGAAACCAUCAGAACCAGCAAUAGCGGUCCAAAUACAAGCCAGGCUUCCAUCGAGGUCAAAGGCGCAUUUAGGGACCUGACAGCGAACACUGUUACACGAAUCCUGACCGGGGGCGCGUUUCCCACAGCUGAUGUGUUUCCCGGUGCCUCUCAUAAUAUGUCAUUCUACCACGCAUGUGAUAUUGGGAUGGCUGGUGCAUGUAUGCGAAGUUUGGGCUUCUUAGCAAGGCCUUUCGCUCACAGAAACUUCCACACUGCCUGUGAAGCGGCUCAGCAAUAUAUUCUUCCCAUCAUAUCCAAAGGAUUAAGCGAACUUUCGGUUUCUUCAGACAAAAGCCAAAGCCGCAACGGGAAACAAACAAAUUGGCUGUCUUCCACAUAUACCCAAGCUAUUACCGGCAGGAAGACUAAAGAUAUUGCCAAAGAAGCACUGGCUGUCAUCAUUGCUGGAACUGAUAGUACCGCCAGUCUGCUAUGCUUUACUAUCCUACUUUUGGCCCAGAGAGAGGAAAUUACGAUAUCAUUGCGUCAGUCGAUACUCGAACGCUUUGGAAAAGAUCUAACCGAAGAAAUGAGCGCCAAAAGUCUGAUGGCAUUUGAACCUUUGCAGAACGUAAUCCAUGAGGUGCUGCGGCUAUAUCCCCCCGUACCAAUCAGCUUGAGAGUGGCUAAGGAGAGUUGUACCUUGCCCUCUGGUGGUGGCCGUGACGCAGAGUCUCCCAUAUUGUUACAAAAGGGCAGACUGUUGCAUUCAGCUCAUAUGCUCUACAUCGAAGGGUAG